AUGGAAGGCCGCUGCCAAUGCGGCAGCGUCCGCUUUCGCACGCCCCAGGAAAAGCCCAUCAAGUGGUACAUCUGCCACUGCCACGAGUGCCGCCGCCAAAGCGCAAGCGCCUUUGGCAUCUCGGCCAUCUUCCCACACUUUGAUCUGCUUUCUCAGAGCUCAGCGCGGGACUCGGCGGGUUCUGACUCGGCAUCAUCAUCCGCGCCGGACCAGCAGCAGCAGCCGGCUCCGGACGGGGGAGAUACGGCGACGAGGGGAGAGAGCGAUUUGGUCGGGGUUUAUGAGCACUCGAGAACGACAUCGGGCCGUCCCAAAAAGUGCUACUAUUGCAAAAAGUGCGGGACUCGGAUCAUGAAUGUCAGCGUCAGUCCGUCGGGUGACGCGAGCCACGUCGCCAUCAAGGGAGGGUGUCUGGAGGGCAUCGAUGGAGACAUUUUCAGCGAGGCCACGCAUAUCUGGACCAAGAGCGCCUUGGUGCCGAUUCCAGAGGGCGCAGAGUCGUAUCCCGAGGAGCCUCCCCCGAGAGCAUAG